AUGACGGCGUCUCUAGCAGGGCCAUCCCCUCCACCAGAACCAGCCGCCAGACACCACGAAGACCGGUCAAAAACGAUGGAGAUAAUGAGAAAAUGGAACUGCCAGUUUGACGGACGAGACCCGUACCCGUUCCUGGAGCAGUUGGAAGAACUACAAGCUGCGUACGGCCUUACCGACCACCAGAUGCGUACCGGCUUCACCCAAUUGUUACGAGGGCAAGCCCAAAUAUGGUACAGGAAUACAGCGAACAAAGUUUGUUCGUGGCCGGAACUCCAGGAACAACUACGAAAAUUCUUCGUACCAGCCGGAGAAAAGAGGCGAUUGGACCAGCAAAUCGCCGCCCGCAAACAAGGUCGAAACGAAUCGAUAAGGACCUUCAUUAACGAAAUAACGACGUUAAUGCGCCACAGAGGAGAGUACACCGAGGAGGAACUCCUCGAUGCCAUCUUCUUUAAUCUAACGCCAAAAUUGCAGCUCUACAUCAACCGAUUUGAGCUCAAGGACAUCAGUUACCUGAUAACCAGAGCAGAAAAUGUGGCCGAGCUCAUCGCCACACAACGAGCCAGCACACCAAAGGCCGAAGAGAGACGCGCUGCAAGAUCAAGCGAACCAGCCGCGGUGCCUUCCAACCAACCCCGCGGCAGCAAAAUUGCGGCCAAUUAUAGUCGAGAAACGCACUGCUGGCGUUGUGGGCAAUCAGGGCACAACCGAUUUAAAUGCCCGAACUCGGCUGUCCGAUUCUGCUCCUACUGCAGCAAAGUAGGCGAAAUGACGCGAACCUGCCUAUGUCCGAGGCAGGGAAACGCCAGAGGGGCCGGAAAACCCCGGCCCCAGUAA